AUGGCGAAUCGAGGCGGCGCAAACGGGAAAUUGGAACGGAAGAAGACGAUGGCGAUGAAUUGGGCGGGGUUAGGCGAGGUUGAAGACGACGACGAUCAUUUUUUCGAGAGCUCUAAUCGGAUCUCUUCCGUCGUGCCUAUGGAUUUAGCAUCAUCUUCGGACGAAGAAGGUGAGUUCGAUGAUUGCCGGAUCUCGUUUUCCUCCAACGUAUCUUCGGCCUCUCGCGCUGCCCCUGCGCCGGAUUUAUCGCCGGAUUAUGAUAUCUGGAUGUCGGCGCCGGGAUCUAUCACGGAGCGCCGACGUCGUCUUCUUAACGGAAUGGGGCUCGAGUCUAAGAAGAGUAUGCUCGGAGCUAUCUCGAUCCAGCGCGUGCGCAAACCCACGGCGGUAGAGUGCGGAGGUGCUCGCGUUGUGGAUGGAAGCGUUACGGAAGCGACGGGUUCAUCUACGGAAGCGAAGGUAGAGGAGCGUGAUCAGAAUUCUCCGGCGAAACAACGGGUUCAUCAUCAAUCUCCACCGGUGUCGGUUUUGCUCGUACGGUCGAGAUCUGAUUCCGAAAUCGAAGCGUCUUCUGCCGAGAAAAAGAGGAAAGAGGAAAUGUUGGGGAAAACGCCGAAAUCGCGGCUUACUAGAACCGCGUCGGCGAUUGGAGCUCCGUGUGCGAGAGUUUGUCCGUACUACACCCAAACGCAAGCCUCUCCGCCGGACGCAGCAAACGGCCAGUCUCGAGGGCAACGCAGUGGCGUGCUGCUCUCUUCGGUAGUGUCCAACACUCAGUUCAGUGCCUUUUUCCUGAUAAAGAAUCUCGACACCGGAAAAGAGUUCAUCGUGAAGGAGUACGGCGAGAACGGGACGUGGAAUCGGCUCAGCGAUCUGCAAACCGGUAAGCAACUGACAAUGGACGAAUUCGAGAAAAGCGUUGGAUAUUCAUCCGUUGUAAAAGACCUUAUGCGACGAGAAAACGCAAAUUCCAUCAGGAAAUUCAAUUCCUAUGUGUCCAAGAGCUUGAGAGUAAGUAAGAAGAGAGGGGCUGCUUUGUUGAAGAACAUAAAGGACGUUGCUCAUUCUAUGAGCUCAAAGGUCUCAGAGAAAGAAAAGGAUCCAAAUGGUAGUGGUACAAGUAGUCCGAGAGUAGCGGACCAAAAGCAGGAGAAGAACAAUGACCAAACGAAUCAAUGGGUGAAGGUGAGACAUUCAGGGAAAACUCAUAAAGAUCUAAGCGCUUUGCAUUUGUGCCAAGAGAUUCAAGCUCAUCAAGGAGCUAUUUGGACUAUGAAGUUUAGUCCAGACACACAUUUAUUAGCAAGUGCAGGGCAGGAUCUUGCAAUACAUGUGUGGGAGGUUCAAGAGUGUGAAAUCAUGUCAAUGAAUGAAGGGAGCUUGACACCGAUUCAUCCUUCAAUGUCUGCUUCCACGACAGGUGAUGCUGCAGAAGUGGCACCGGAUAAGAAGAAAAAAGGGAAAGGUUCAUCGAGUAGAAAAGCAAACCAGAUCCCAGAUUACGUUCAUGCGCCUGAAACUGUGUUCUCAUUAUCAGAUAAACCUAUUUGCACGUUCACUGGUCACCUGGAUGAGGUUCUAGACCUAUCCUGGUCUCGGUCACAGCUAGUGCUUUCAUCAUCCAUGGACAAAACUGUGCGGUUAUGGGACAUCGAAACUCAAAGCUGCCUAAAAUUGUUUGCCCACAAUGACUAUGUUACUUGUGUACAAUUCAAUCCAUUGGAUGAAGAUUACUUCAUAACUGGCUCACUUGAUGCCAAGAUCCGUAUAUGGAACAUAUCAAACCGUCAAGUAGUGGAGUGGAAUGAUCUAAAUGAAAUGGUUACCGCCGUUUGUUAUUCUCCCGAUGGUCAGGCUGCAUUUGUUGGUUCAAUUAAAGGGAAUUGUCGGCUUUACAGUGCAGAGGAUUGCAAGUUGGAUCAAACAAACCUGAUUGAUCUGCAAAACAAAAAGAAAGCUCAAGCUAAAAAGAUCACUGCUUUCCAGUUUUCGCCGAUUAAUCCAUCAGAAGUGCUUGUAACUUCUGCUGAUUCACGCAUUCGGAUUCUUGACGGUACUGAACUUAUUCAAAAAUACAGAGGCUUCAAAAACACAGGCAGCCAAAUGACAGCAUCCUACACACUAGACGCAAAACACAUUGUAUGCGCAAGCGAAGACUCACAUGUUUACGUGUGGAAACACGAGGAGCCACGGCUAGGAAUUACCGGUAGAAAAACCGUUCCAAUGUGUACUUCUUACGAAACCUUCCCAUGCGAAGACGUUUCCGUAGCAAUCCCAUGGCACGGUGUAGUCAAAGGAGAAUUACCUCCCACGCAAACCCAAACGAAAAAAAACACCAAAAAACCCUCAACUACUACUAGUUCACCGGAAAACACCACCGCGUGUAAAAAAUCCGGUCUCCCACCGUUACCUAAGAAAACCAAUGAUGGCACCGGGGAUGGAGCAACAGAGCAACACAAAGAAGACGAAGCCGUGACGCAAAAUGAAGCAGAGGACAACCCCGGAGAGACAUUAAAACACGGGGAUUCGCCUUCUAUAUCGAUCUCAUCUCGGAUAUCUUCAUGGUCUUGGUUUGAUAGUAGUGGCAGUCAUGGAGCGCAUGCGAUCCAGCCAACGGCUUGGGGGAUGGUGAUUGUCGCAGGCACACGCGGUGGCCAAAUACGGGCGUACCAGAAUUUCGGAUUGCCCCGCAGAGUCGGCCGUCAAGGCUCUCUGUUUUGA